AUGUCUUCUAGAGGUGACCGUGGACGAGGGCGGGCCGGUGGCAGAGGUGGGAGUAGAGGCGGAGCUCCAAGCGACAGAAGCAGCCAGACUUCCGAAGUGAGAGGUCGAGGAGGAUACCGCGGUGGCCCUCCGAGCACUGGCUCUUACGACCGAGGCGGAGGCAGGGGAGGAGGAGAAAGAGGAUACGGCGACCGCGGUGGCAGAGGAGGGGAUCGAGGAUUCAGAGGAGACCGCGGUGGCAGAGGAGGAUUCCGAGGAAGAGGAGGGCCUUCCGAACGCGGCGGUAUCUUUGGUGGCCCGGCGCCGAUUGACGCGCGACUGCAAGGCAACGUGCAACAGACGCAUAUUAAUUCUCUUCGAAGUAUCGCUCUUGGCCCAGGGGAUCUUCCUGUGCGACCGGGCCUCGGUACGGUUGGCAGGCAGAUCACCCUGCGCGCAAACUUCUUUCCCGUUAGGCUGCCCAAGAUCCCUCUGCAGGAGUAUGAUGUGGACCUCCGUCCUGGGGGGAAUUCCAUUGCUCGCCGUCUGAAACGCCGGAUCUGGCAACUGGCGGAGCAGACGGCGCAAUGGCAAGCAGCCGGGAUGACUGGCACUGUCGCUCACGACCACAGUUCGAAGUUGAUUUCGGCGAGACAAUUACCUCAGCCUUUGGUUAUCCAGGUUAACUACACCGAAGAGGACGAGGACGCCGCCCGGGGCCCAGGAAAGGAAUACACUCUUACUUUCAACUAUGUGCAACAAAUCGAUACCAGCAACUUGGUUAGUUAUAUCAAUGGCGAACGGCAAUUCCGAAACUACGAUCCAAUGCCCGUCAUCUCAGCCCUCAACCUCAUUCUUGCCGCCUAUCCGAAUCGAUCCGUAGGUGGCGGAGUGAUGGUAGGACGGAAUAGAUAUUUUCAUCCGUCCGCUACAGAGCCACCUCUUCCACUUGGCGGCGGAUUAGAGGCUUGGAAAGGCUUCUACUCGUCCGUGCGACCUGCGUUCAAGCAGCUAAUGGUGAACGUGAACGUCUGUCAUACUGCUUUCUAUACGGCGGGUAAUCUCGCAGACAAGAUGAUUGAAUACCAGAACGCGUCUUGGGGGGCCCGCGUGACAGCCUUUGUCAAGGGUGUGCGAAUCAAGACCACUCACUUAGGCUAUACAAAGAGCGUUCGAGGCGUGGCGAGGUUCACGGCUAGGCAAUACACUUUUGACUGCCCGGAGCUCGGCGGGAAUGUUACUUGCGAAGUCUAUUACCAGAGAAAAUACGCAAUAACACUACGGCAUGCGAAUGACCUUCCGUUGGUGGACGUGGGUGGUCCACAAUCCAAACGUAAGAACUACUUGCCCGCCGAACUCUGCACGAUCCUCCCGAACCAACCAUUCAGGGGAAAGCUCACCGAUGAACAUACGGCGAAUAUGAUACUUGCCGCAUGCAAGCCCCCGAACAUCAAUGCACAGUCGAUUGUCGGUCGUGGCCUUAAUGAGCUUGGAUUUGCCCAGACACCAGCUCCCCUGAGCACAUUUGGAGUGAGCAUAGGCAACGAAAUGGCAGUCGUCCCCGGUAGGAUAUUGCCUCCGCCAUAUAUCGAAUAUGGACAAGGGAGACCCUCGGUCGACCAGCGAGCCAGUUGGAACUUAAGAAAUGUCAAGUUCGCUCGAGGCGCAAAGCUGGAGAAGUGGGCCGUCCUCUUGAUUAAAGACGGAAAUCAUCGCGACGAGUUCCGUGAUGUGAACGAUCCCGACCUUCGUAGCGUUGUGGACGGAUUCGCUGAUAUGUGUCGCAAAAGCGGCAUGGUGGUCGAGAAUCAGCCACCUGUGUACGCGGCGGCUCAGCUUCCUCCGAAGAAUAGCGAUACGCCACUUCGACCUCAAGCAAUUAAGACUAUACAGACUGUUCUUAGGAGUCUGAAGGUUAAACCUACCAUUGUGCUUAUUGUUCUAUCCAACGGCGACAAACACAUCUACUCUGGAUUGAAGCAUCUCUGCGAUGUCUACCUUGACGUAGCAACCGUCUGUGUCCAGUCUUCUAAGUUCAGGAAGGCUCAGCUGCAAUACUACGCAAAUGUGGCUCUCAAGGUCAACAUGAAGUUGGGCGGGGUAAAUCAUACUGUUAAUUCGGAAACCGGGAUGAGGUUCUUAAAGCAGGAACCAACGAUGCUCGUCGGUAUGGAUGUAACGCAUCCUGGCUUUGGGUCUGUGUUAGGCACACCUUCCAUCGCAGCCGUCGUAGCAAGCGUAGAGUCGAUGUUUGGUCAGUUCCCGUGCAGCUUACGCAUACAGGAAUCUCGGAAGGAAAUGAUCACUGACCUGGAAUCCAUGAUGACGGAACGUCUGGAGUCGUUCAAGAAACGGAACAACAGACUUCCGUCGCGUGUCCUUGUAUAUAGAGACGGCGUCUCUGAGGGGCAGUUUGCCAUCGUGGUCAACGAUGAAUUGCCGAAAAUCAAAGAAGCGUUCAAGAAACUCAGCACUCCCCAAAAUCCAUACAAGCCGAAACUCACAAUCGUAAUAUGCGGGAAGCGACACCAUACGCGAUUCUACCCGACUGAGGCAGAGAACGCCGACGAUAAAGGCAACCCUGUACCAGGUACCGUCGUCGACCAAGGCGUCACGGCUGUGUACGACUUCGAUUUCUUCCUGCAGGCGCACGGAGGUCUGCAAGGGACAACGCGCCCUACGCACUACUACGUCGUAUAUGACGAGAUUGGAUUCAGCGCUGAUCAACUGCAAGGACUGACGAAUGAAGUGUCCUACAUGUUUGCUCGCGCUACGAAAGCUGUGUCGCUAGUGUCGCCGGCUUACUAUGCUGAUCUAGCCUGCGAGCGCGGACGGUGCUACCUACAUAAACUCUUGCAAGGUAUUUCUGACGGAGGUACGACCAGUGCUGGAGGAAAUCAUGACAGGCUGGAGGAGGAUGCAGCGGUGAUGAGGGAAGCGCAGACGCUGUGGCACGGAGGCGUCCGUGGCACGCUGGGCGAGACGAUGUUCUACUUGUAA